UUUCCGAGAUAUAUACACACAAGCCCUCUGUAUGUAUACACUGUAAUCCCGCCUAUACUUACAAGCUCCCUGUAUCUAUAAUCUCAAUUAGGGCAUUUCAGAGCUGAAUAUGCCGAGAAAAUCGUUGAAACGCACCAAAACAAAUACGAAUGUGAAGAAAGAGGCGAAGAAGACGAAAUCAGGGGAGAAUAAGGGCUCAUUGGCGGCGCAUUUGUCGAUGCAAUUGGGGCAGGUGUCGUUGAUGGUGCGGAAUCAGCAGUCGCCGGCGUUUGGUUUGGCGAAUAGUUCGCGGUUUCAGGCGAUGAUUGAUGAGGAGGCGGAGGGAGGGGAGAGGGGAGGGGUGGAGGUGGAGGCGAUUGGGUUUGGGUUUGGGGUUGAGGGGAGGGAUGAGAAGGAGUUUAUACUGAGUCAGGAUUUUUUCUGUACGCCAGAUUACAUUACCCCGACUGAGGCGCAUAUUCCGAUUAAUUUGGAUUGUAAUAAGGAAAAUGAAUGUCCGAAAUCACCAGAGAAAAUAAAGACCGGUAAAGCUAUGAAACAGAGACAGGAUGGAACAAACAUGAUUGGAUCUGGCUUUUCUUUUAAUCAACCAGCAUUGGAAGUUGCAGAUGAUUUACCUGUGGUUCAUGAUAGCAGAACAGUACAACCAAUAAGUACUGAUUCACAAAGGAACCACAGUUAUGUGUCACAGUCUGCAGUGGCGUUACGUUGUCGAGUGAUGCCUCCCCCUUGCAUGAAGAAUCCUUAUCUUAUGGAUGAUUCAGGUGUUGAUAUAGACCCAUUCGGCAGUAGCAGAUCUAAGUGUGAAGGUCUUUUUCCUUCAUCCAUCAGCGGUGAUGGCCUUUCACGCUACCGCACAGAUUUUCAUGAGAUAGAGCAAAUUGGUAAUGGAAACUUUAGUCGAGUAUUCAAAGCUUUGAAGAGAAUCGAUGGUUGCAUGUAUGCAGUUAAACAUAGCACGAGACAACUACAUCUAGACAUGGAAAGGCGUAAAGCUUUGAUGGAAGUUCAAGCCCUGGCUGCUUUAGGAUCACAUGAAAACAUUGUUGGGUAUUAUACCUCAUGGUUUGAGAAUGAAAAGCUCUAUAUUCAGUUGGAACUUUGUGAGCGUAGCCUAGCUAUCAAUGGAAAAUCUAAAUUAUACACGGAGGGAGAGGUCUUAGAAGCAAUGCACCAGAUAGCCAAGGCAUUGCGAUAUAUACAUGAGAGAGGGGUUGCCCACUUAGAUGUGAAGCCCGAAAAUAUUUAUGUCAAAAAUGGCCUAUAUAAACUUGGUGAUUUUGGAUGUGCAACUCUUUUGGACGCGAGCCUGCCAAUUGAAGAAGGGGAUGCACGUUAUAUGCCCCAAGAAAUUCUGAAUGAGAAUUAUGAUCACCUUGAUAAGGUGGACAUCUUUUCGCUAGGAGCUACUAUAUAUGAGCUUGUUAAGGGGUCAACCUUGCCAGAGUCUGGUCCUCAUUUUCUCCAUCUAAGGGAAGGAAAACUGCCACUUCUUCCUGGCCAUAGUGUACAAUUUCAAAGUUUACUCAAGGCUAUGAUGGACCCAGAUCCAAUGCGGCGACCUUCUGCUAAGGAAGUAGUGGAAAACCAACUUUUUGAUCGAAUCCUCAGAAAUACAAAAACCAAGUAAGGCCAUUUUCUUGAUGAACAUAUUUUAGGACUAGGGAAAUGGAGUUGAACGGCUAUAUAUGCUCAUUAGCCAAGUUUGAUCCUUGAUAGCAGCAAGAAGACAAUGGCUUUGUAAUGCUUUCUUGGUUAGUAUAAUGUAAUUAUUAUCUU